AUGUUCCACCAACUGACGGAUUCAACGGUGAAUGGCAGCUGCCAGGGAGCCACCUCUGCGUGCAAUAAGAGCGCUGAUGGAGACGCGCUCCAGCUGCCCACUUUCUCCACCGCAGCCAAAGUCAGAGUCAUUAUCACCUUUAGUUUGUGCGCAGUUUCAGCUGUAUGCAAUUUACUUGUGCUCUGGGCUGCCAGCAACGGCGGCAAGCGCAAGUCACACGUCAGGAUCCUCAUUAUGAACCUGACCGUUGCGGACCUGCUGGUAACCUUCAUCGUCAUGCCCGUGGAUGCAGUGUGGAACAUCACGGUGCAGUGGCAGGCUGGAGACGUUGCCUGCCGGCUGCUGAUGUUCCUGAAGCUGGUUGCCAUGUACUCCUGCGCAUUUGUAACUGUGGUCAUUAGUCUGGAUAGGCAGUCUGCCAUUCUCAAUCCCUUGGGAAUCAGUGAAGCCAAAAGAAAAAGCAAAAUCAUGUUGACUGUGGCUUGGACGAUGAGUGUGAUCCUGUCGCUCCCUCAGAUGUUUAUAUUUCACAAUGUGACCAUCACAGUCCCGGAGAACUUCACCCAGUGCACCACCCAUGGCAGUUUUGUCCAGCACUGGCAGGAGACCCUCUACAACAUGUUCACCUUUGUUUGCCUCUUCCUCCUGCCAUUGGUCAUCAUGAUCUUCUGUUAUACAAGGAUCCUUAUUGAGAUAUCCAGCCGCAUGGCUCGGAAUAACUUGCUGUCUAGAGAUGUUCACCUCCGCCGCUCCCACAACAACAUCCCUAAAGCCCGGAUGAGGACUCUUAAGAUGAGUAUCAUGAUUGUGACAUCAUUCAUCAUCUGCUGGACCCCAUAUUACCUGCUGGGUCUGUGGUACUGGUUGUUUCCUGAAAAAAUGGAGGAGACGGUCUCUCAUUCACUGACUCAUAUACUGUUUAUUUUUGGCCUGUUUAAUGCCUGUCUAGACCCCAUCACUUAUGGUCUGUUUACUAUUCAUCUUCACCAGGGUCUUAAGAGAUGCUGUCGGAGGUCAAGAACACUGACUAAAUCAGAAAACAACACAUGCCUUAUGCACAUGACUCGUCUGUCCUCUCGCAGGCAGAUCGCCUCAGGUAGCCACAGUACAGACAUAGAGGAAGGAAACGACAACAACAGCAUGAAAAGCUGCUCAAAGCCAAUCAUCCCAUUAAGCAAGGUAUAAUGGCUCAAGGAAUCCCAAUAAAACAUUUCUCAGCUCAUAAUUAGUAUUGAACUCAGUCUUUCUUUGGAGACGACAGCUAGUUCAAUUAA